AAAAAUAUCUCAAGCUAAAAAUGUGAAGUAUUUGGCUCCUAUUUUAGACUGUCCUACACGUUGGAAUUCGACCUAUCUUAUGCUGGAAAGACAAAUAGAAACAAAGGAAAUCAACCAACGACUUGUCAGGAACAAUCCUAGUAGUAUUGAAUUAGAAUAUUUGACUGAAAAUGAUUGGAAACAAAUUGAUGACUUGUGUGUUAUUUUAAAACCAUUAUACAUUGCAACCAAAUUUUUAUCAUCAAGUUCACCCACUUUAAGUGAUGUGCGCAUUACUUUUACUGCAUUAAUUAAAGAAUUGAAAAAGGUAAUUGAUGGCAACAAUGAACAUUAUUUAAUUGCAGAUUCAGUUAAUCAUAAAUUAAAAGAAUAUUGGAGUCUCAUGGAAAAUAACACACGAAUCAGUUCUGUAAUUGAUCCAAGAAAUAAAUUAUCUGGUUUUACACUACAAGAAAUUGAAGAAUUAAAAAAUGAAUUUAAAAAUCUUAUAGAUACAUAUGAACCACUGAAUCAACAAUUUAAUCAUCACACACAAUCAUCAACACAAGAUGAACUUGAACAAAUGGAUAAUGAUAAAAUUAUUUUAGAUGUUGUUGAAGAAACAUCUACACCUGAUGAAAAUAUAGAAGGUGAUGAAGAGUUAAAUUGGGUUGGGUUAAUUGAUGAAUAA